CAGCUUUUUCCCUUGGUUGGAUUGCUAUUUUGACAGCAUUGAAAUCGCCCGAAAUCUACUCUGCGAAAUGACAAGAUUACGUCUUAACGUGUGUCUGGCGCUGGUGCUUCUGGGAGCCACCUCGUCCGCAGCGCCUCUCUCUUCGUCCGGGGCUCUCCAGGUGCUGCAACAACUGGGUCUGGACAGAGGAACCGGCCCGGCGCCCUCCAUAGUGCAAGGCCAAGGCAAACGCCGCGGAGACUCGCCCAUUUACUACAUCAAGCUGCCUCCGCUUCCUUACUAUUUCGUCAACAACAACAUUCAAGAGACGGGGGAAGGGGAGGAGGUGGAGCAGACCGUGCCGCAGCCGCAGCCGCAGCCGCCGCAGCCGCAGUCACAGGCCGAGGCGUCUUCUCCGUUGCAGAAGUUGCCGAUCGACUUCACCAACAACGGCCGCCCGAACCAAGUCUAUCACUGGAACACUUCACCAACAUCUCCCGAUUUCUGGAUUUCCACCGGCACGACUCCACCAGCUUACUUCUGGAAGCCUACGACCACUCCAACAACGACUACCACAACCACCACGACCGAAACCCCGACGACCACUACCCCGAAGCCGACUAAGAAGCCUUUUGUUAACAUCAACAAGUAUUUCCCUUAUAAUGGUCGGCCUUCCAAUGUUUACGUGUGGAAGCCUAAGUUGCCCGUCAGUUCUAGCAAGUAUAAGCAUUAUUUCACACACUUUAAUUACUAAAGUGAAGACAAAAAUGAUGGUUUUUGCUUUACAUGUUUUAAAGUUAGCUGAUUUUUUUUCUUCUUCUUUUUUUUUUUUUUUUUUUUUUUUUGAGAGGGGGGGGGCUUCAAACACGGAUGUUUUUCACCACACUUUGGCUUAAGAAAAUAAAAAAUGCCUGAGACCUCUUCGUUUUCACACUUUAAACAGUUAAAAAUUAAAUAGUAAUAAUAUUUUUUCAUUGUCUUUUUUCUUUCUCUGUUAAACUUGAAAGCGAAGAUUAAUGCGAAGUCGUUGAAAGAAAAAUAAAAACACUUUUAACGGUCGUAAGGUUAAGGAAAAGUAAAACUGCUGCGGAUUUUUUUUUCUUUUUUUCUUUUUUUUAAUCAUAAAAUUUAACUCAGGCAAAUAAGAAAAUGAUAAGAGUUAAAACAAAGUUACGGACGUAAUUAAGAAGUGUAUAUAAAUCACGCAAGACCACAAGAAAAAAAAAAUGGAUAGACAGAAAAUUGUCUUUGAAGAUAAGCACGCAUUACAUUCACGACCUCUGGGAAGGAACUGCUUUUCUUCCUCUCUCUCUCUCUCUCUCUCUUCUCUCUCUCUCUUCUCUCUCUCUCUCCUCUCUCUCUCUCUCUCUCUCU